GAUAGGCUACGAAUCCGGAAGUGGUUGCAUUUGGUUUUUCAAGCUAGCUGUAUCAGUAGAAAUCGCCGGCCGGUGUCUCGCAGGAUGGACGGGGAGGCGGACGGCUUGGUGGCGGUGUCCGGGGACAGGAGGCGCAGGGUGCACGGCAUGUUGAAGCUCUACUAUGGGAUGAACGAGGAAGGAAAGGCCGCGGAGCAGGCGGAGUCCCUGGAUCCCUGCGACAUCAACGGGCCGCAUUUUGACCCCGAGCUUUUCCUCAACAAGCUCAGACGGGAGUGCUCUCUGGCGGAGCUGAUGGACCAGGAGACCUGCAUGGUCAAACAGAUCCGCUCUCUGGACAGCGACAUGCAGACGCUGGUGUAUGAAAACUACAACAAGUUCAUAUCUGCUACAGACACCAUCAGAAAGAUGAAGAAUGAUUUCAAAAAGAUGGAGGAUGAAAUGGAUUGUCUGUCUGCCAACAUGGCGGCCAUCACAGAGUUCAGCGCUCGGAUCAGCGGGACUCUUCAAGACCAGCACACGCAGAUUACAAAACUCUCAGGGGUUCACACUCUGCUGAGGAAGCUGCAGUUUCUGUUCGAGCUGCCUGCUCGAUUGAAUAAGUGUCUGGAGCUGCAGGCUUACGCUCAGGCGGUGAGAUCCCACCGCCGCGCCCGCUGCGUGCUGCAGCAGUACAGCCACCUGCCCUCCUUCAAGGGGAUUCAGGACGACUGUCACGCCAUCAUGGAUAAACUGGCGCAGGAGCUUCGGCAGAAGUUCAGGGAUGGCGGGUCAAGUGCUAAAGAUUUAUCCGAGUGUGUGGAGCUGCUGCUACAGUUGGACGAGCCGGCGGAGGAGCUCUGUGAUAAAUUCCUCAGCCACGCUCGGUCUCGGCUCGAGUCGGACCUCCAGGGUCUGGAAGCAGAGAUAAGACCGUACCCCUCCGCCUCCGCCGUGAAAGAUGCCUCUGCACGCAGGCCGUCAUCUGCCGCGGCCGCCGAAUCUCUGACUGAUAACUCCCCUAAAACGAGCGCUCUGCCUUCUCCCACCUCGAACACAGACAUCCUGGAGUUCAUCGACCGAGGCUGCAAUGAAUUUGUCAGCAGCUUAUGUUUAGUAAUCACGUCUUAUCAAGAACUAUUCAUCACCCACGCUCAGACAGGCGAGCUAGCCUCGAAAAAUAUUCCUCAGAUGGCGAAUGGUAAGUUGCACGCCUUUGUGGAUGACCUCGCCGCCCGGUAUUUCUCGCUGGUGGAGCGGAGGAUACAAGAGGAGAAAGGGGUCGGCGAUAACUCCCUCCUGGUCCGCGCGCUCGACCGCUUCUACCGCAGACUCCAGGCCGUGGCCAAACUGCUGCCGGGCUCCACCGUGCCGAACCAGGGCACCGAAAUCGUGAUCCGGGCCGCGACAGAGCGAGUCAAGCAGUACCUCUCCGCCUUACAGAGCUUCUACAUGGACAGUUUGACCGAUGUGAGGCAGGCCUUGGCGACUCCUCGGCUCUCUGUGGCCGGCGCCUCAGUGGCCGGAGGCGGCGCUCUUCACGGGGGUCCGGCCUCUGGCAGAGACGCUCCGAACAGCCUGCCAGAGCUGCUCUCCUCGCUGUCAGCCUCCAUUCUCAAUCAGAUAAAGUCAGUGUUGGCAUCAGUGCAUCUCUUCACAGCUAAAGACAUUACGUUCUCCAACAAGCCCUACUUCAAGGGCGAAUUCUGCAGCCAGGGUGUGCGUGAGAGCCUGGUGGUGAGCUUCAUAAAGUUUGUGUGCCAGUCUUCUCGACAGUUUUGUGAGAGCGCAGGAGACAAGGGAGGCUCGACUCCUCCGGCGCUUCUGUUGCUGCUGUCUCGCCUCUGCCUGGACUACGAAACCUCCACUAUCUCCUACAUACUGACUCUCACAGACGAGCAGUUCCUCGCGCAGCACCACAGUCCCGUCACACCCGUCACAACUUUAUGUGCAGAAGCCAGAGAGGCCGCACAGAAACUGCUCAACCAUUACGUAAAGGUUCAGGGCCUGAUCAUCUCCCAAAUGUUAAGAAAGAGCGUUGAAACACGAGACUGGGUUAACACCAUCGAGCCGCGAAACGUCCGCGCGGUGAUGAAAAGAGUGGUGGAGGACACCACCUCCAUCGACGUGCAGGUCGGCCUCCUGUAUGAAGAAGGAGUGAGGAAAGCGCACAGCAGCGACUCCAGCAAAAGAACUUUCUCCGUGUACAGCAGCUCGAGGCAGCAGGCGCGCUACGCUGCCAGCUACACUCCGAGCGCUCCCAUGGAUACUAAUCUGCUGAGCAACAUCCACAAGCUGUUCUCUGAGAGGAUCGACAUCUUCAGCUCAGUGGAGUUCAACAAGGUCUCCGUGAUGACGGGAAUUAUCAAAAUCAGUUUGAAGACGUUCCUGGAGUGCGUCCGCCUGCGCACCUUCGGCCGUUACGGGCUGCAGCAGAUCCAGGUUGACUGCCACUACCUGCAGAUGUACCUGUGGCGGUUCGUCUCCGAUGAGAACCUCGUACACUUCCUGCUGGACGAGAUAGUGGGGAGCUCCGCCCACCGCUGCCUGGACCCCGCGCCGAUGGAGCAGAGCGUCAUCGAGGUCAUCUGUGAACGCGGUUAAAGCUCAAAGUGGAGCACAGCACGAACACCACAUCACAAAUACUGAAUUACAACACAUGCUGGAAUCGUGCAUCCAAAUUUAACCCUUUGAUACCGAGAUCGACAUCAGUUUUGUUGCAUUCAGACGCCUGUCACAAGCAUUUAAACCGAUGGAACCUGGGAGAAUUAGUAUUAUUUCUUUUGAAAUCAUAGGAGAAAGGCAAUGAGUAACAUGACAAGAAAUGUCCAGAAAGAUGCACAAA